AUGGAGACAAAUAUAAACACAACCGUUUACUUAUUCAACCUGGAAUUUCUUCGAAUUUCCGCAGGAAUUAUUCCAGAAGAGCUACAAGGGCGUGCGCCCAAUGAUAUUCUCGCAAAGUGUAUCUACGCGCGCGGCUCACGAUGGCUGCCGCGGUUGAACGAGUCUGAUGGGUCUGCCCGAGAUCUCUCCAAAGAUCCUCUACUGGACCUUGAGUCUGACCACGGCUGGCUAUGUCUCAGUGAUCACGACAACCUCUCGGACGAUGAAACGGAGAUUGAGAGUCCUCCUGGCAGCCAGCAGGUCACUUCCAAUGGGUUGGACCAGCCCCUUGACUCUGGUCCUCAGCCGGUGAUCGAGGCAGACAGCAAUACCUCCGAUGGCAAGUUGGAGAAGCCAUGUACAAUGCUGCAUCGACAUGAGCCUGUAUUCCUCAAGUUUUCACAAGAGUCUCCUCGGAUUUUGGUCAACUCUGUGUCUGCUACCAAAGAUCUCAUGCAACUCAUAAUCCUAGUCAAUAAGACUAAUGAGUACAGGGCGGCGGAGGCGAAACGAUAG